CCAAGAUACAUUGAAGUUUGGUAAGCUUUCCCUUCUCUAUUUUACCCGCUGCUACAACAAUUAUAGCAAACAGUGACACAAAAAACAGAGAAACUUUUAUAUACAUAGAGACUGAAGAUGCCUGCUUUGAUCAUCUCCACAAAUGUCAGCCUUGAUGGAGUUGACACCUCCUCCAUCCUCUCAGAAGCAACCUCUGAAGUUGCCAAGGUUAUUGGCAAACCUGAGAAAUAUGUGAUGAUUGUAUUGAAGGGAUCAAUUCCAAUUUCAUUAGGAGGAACUGAGGAGCCAGCAGCUUAUGGGGAGUUGGUAUCUAUUGGUGGCCUUAGCCCUGAUGUGAACAAGACUCUGAGCUCUGUAGUUGCAUCAAUUCUGGAGAAGAAGUUGUCAGUACCCAAGUCACGGCUCUUCCUUAAAUUCUAUGAUUCUCAGGGCACCCACUUUGGGUGGAAUGGUUCCACCUUCUAAAUCCAGCUUCGUUCUUUGUUGUCUUCGAACUAAUGUCAGAGAUCCAAUAAGAUAUGCGCCAUUGGUGUUCUGUUAUUACAGAAACUUAGCCUUGUUAAGCUGUUCAGAUAUCCAUCCUUGUAGCCAUGUGUACGCAGAAUGUGAAUGCUGUUAGCCCUUUCAAGGGGAAACACCAUGUUUGCAUCAUGGUGCUCACGGCACAUGAUCUGGAUUCUGGGAGUGAAUAUCUGUUGUUAUUGAACCAUUGUCAGCUUAUGAGCAAUAAUGUUCUUUGCAGUGCUUUGGCCUUGCUUUCUGAGAAAUUGUAUUCAGAUUGUUUUUAGCUAAUUAGCCAAAACCGAUCUUUGUUUUACUAGUAAUGGAAGGGUGUUUAUAUAACAGGUGUAGCCUAACGAUUGGAUGUUUAUGUAGUUGCUUUCUCUGGUGAAGCAGGUUUGAGUCCUGGUGACAUUUAUUUUGGUUAUUACUGCUUUACUUCUUUUGCA